UGACCCUCCAACCCUAAAGUAAAACCAUGGAAUCUCGCCUCCUUCAUCACCACCAUCACCAAAACCUUUUCUUUUUUCCUCUCCGCCUGUGCAACACAUCCAACCCUCGCCGCCACGGCGAACUCCGUCCCUUCUUCCCCUCCAAUUUCUCCAGUCCCGUCCACCUCCAACAUCACCACUCUCCAUCCCUCAAACCUCUCCUCUCCUCCCCCUCCUCCGCUUCCUCCUCCUCCAAAGAUGAUCUCGCCCCGAUUCCCCACUCCCGCCGCAACUUCACCGCGUUUGACAUUGCAAGCCUCUGGAUCAGCCUUGUGGUAGGCAUCCCCUCCUAUUACCUCGCUGGCUCCCUCGUUGACCUCGGCAUGUCUUGGUGGCAAGGCAUAGCAACGGUCUCCUUCUCCAACCUCCUCCUCCUCCUCCCCCUCACCCUAUCCGCCUUCCCCGGCACCCGCCACGGCCUUCCCUUCCCCAUCCUCGCUCGCUCAACCUUCGGUCCCCGCGGCUCCUUCCUUCCCUCCCUCUUCCGCUCCCUCGUCGCUUGCGGCUGGUUCUCCAUCGAAUCCUGGAUCGGCGGCCGUGCCCUCCUCCUCCUCCUCCUCCCCCUCUCCCAUCCCCCUCUCCCACUCCAAUUCGCUUCCUUCCUCUUCUUCUGCCUCGCCCAAAUCGCCCUCAUCUGGCCCGGAAUGAACGCAAUUCGCAAACUUGAAAUUUACUCUGCUCCAAUUCUCAUCCUCCUCACCUCCUCUCUCCUCUUCUGGUCCGUUUCCUCUUCCGGCGGCUUCGGCCCAAUGCUCUCCCUCACCUCCCGGCUUUCCCCGUCGGAGUUCUGGCCCCUCUUCUUCCCCGCCCUCAAUGCCAACAUCAGCUUCUGGGCCACAGUUGCCCUCAACAUUCCCGACUUCUCCCGCUACGCCCGAUCGCAACGCGACCAAAUUCUCGGCCAAAUCGGCCUCCCCGUUUUCAUGGGUCUCUUCACUUUCGUCGGCCUCGCUGUAACUUCCUCCACCCAACUCAUCCUCGGCCGGCUCAUCUCCGAUCCGAUCCAUCUCCUCGCUGAAAUCCCCGGCGGCCCUCUCAUCAAACUCAUCGCCAUCAUCGGCGUCAGCCUCGCCACCAUCACAACCAACAUUGCAGCCAACAUGGUCGCCCCCGCAAACGCUCUCAUUAACUUCAAUCCCUCUGUUUUCAAUUUCCGGCGAGGUGCAAUCGUCAUGGCAGUGAUUGGAUUGUUGUUUCAACCAUGGAAGCUGUUGGGAUCAAGCGAGAGCUUUGUGUAUACAUGGUUGCUGGGAUCAUCUGCGCUGAUCGGACCGAUUGGUGGGAUAAUGAUUGUGGAUUAUUAUCUGGUGAAAGGAAUGGAGCUGGAUGUAGAGGAAUUGUAUAAGGAAGAUGGGAAGGGGAAGUAUUAUUAUUGGAGAGGGUAUAAUUUGGUGGCUAUGGCGGCGUUGGUGGCCGGAGUAUUGCCGGUGUUGCCGGGGUUUUUGAAAAAGGUGGGAAUUUUGUCGUACACCUCUGGGUUUUUUGUUGGGCUGUACAAUAACGCUUGGUUUGUGAGUUUUUUUCUGGCCGGGUUCGUGUAUUGGGGGCUGUCUUUCUUUCUGGGGAGGAAGAAAAGAGAUUAGGGAACGGAUUAGAGAAAAAUUUGCGUGCGUACGAUGUAAGCAGUGCUGGGUAUGUCAGGGAGGUUAUUCAGAGGAUAUUGAGAGGUUAUAUUCACGUUAUAUCUCCUAUAAUCUACGUGUAUCUUCUAGUAAGUUCCGUAUUUCUAUUCUCAUAUAUUUGUAGGUUACAGUUAGAUUACAGGUAAUUUACAGGGGGUAUAACGCGGAUAUAACCCACCUAAUACCCUCUGAAUAACCUCCCUGACAUACGCAGUGCAGCGAAUGUCUUAGGUACGCAAAUUUUUCUCAAGGAUUGCCUUAGAGGAAAGAAGCUUGCUUUCCUGAUUUAUUUUACAGAAUUUUUCUACACUGAAUAAAUGUGAUGUUUUGUUCAAUUCUCGGGAUGAAGUGUAUU